AUGAUUCUUCAUCAUCAUUCAGAUACCUCUGAUGAUGAUGAAGAAUCAUUCAACCAAGCCUUUGGAAGCUUGCCAUGGCUUUCAUUACCAUUUAAAGACAAAAAAUGCGAGAAGUUGAUUAGGUACUUUGAGCUCUCGACCCUACCCACUCUGGUCAUUAUCGGUCCUGAUGGGAAGACUCUCCAAUCCGACGUUGCUGAAACCGUCGAGGAGCACGGCGUUGCAGCUUACCCAUUCACUCCAGAAAAGUUUGCAGAGCUUGCAGAGAUACAGAAGAAAAGGGAAGAAUCUCAGGCCUUGGAGUCAAUCUUGGUUUCAGGGGAUCGAGAUUUCGGCCUUGGAAAGGAAGGAACCAAGAUUCCAGUAUCAGACUUUGUAGGGAAGACUGUCCUCCUUUACUUCUCGGCACACCGGUGCCCUCCUUGCCGCGCAUUCCUGCCAGUGCUAAUGGAGGCAUACGAAAAGAUCAAGGCCAAAGACGAGGCCUUUGAGUUGAUCUUCAUUUCCAGCGACAAGGACCAAACUGCCUUCGACGAUUAUUUUGCUCAGAUGCCGUGGCUGGCGCUCCCCUUUGGCGAUGAGAGGAAGAAAUCCCUAAAUCACAAAUUCAAGGUCGCUGGAACCCCCACACUCAUAGCCAUCGGCUCAACGGGCCGAACGCUGACUAAAGAAGCAAGGGAUCUUAUAUCGGACCACGGGGCUGAUGCUUGUCCUUUUACCGCUGAACAUAUCAAGAAGUUGGAGGAAAAGUCGACUAAGAACGAGCUAGAUGAAGAAGAAGAAGACUAAGGCGAUAAAGCAGCUGGGGAGGAGGCAAAAGAAGGAGAAGCCGGAGAAGGAUGGGUCUGUGAUGGUGAAGUAUGUUAUAAAGCCUAAAAGUUACUAGUCGAUCUGUUUUCUAUGACUCGCUUGAAGCAGUUUGCUCCUUUUUCUGUGAGUGAUGUGUCUGAGCUUGACCUGCGAAGGUUCUCGUAUAUGGGAUGUACAUUCAAACUUUAGUGUGUUAUUAUGACUGAGAGUUUGCUGUCGUAAUAAAAUCUUUAUUGUAUACAAGCCAUGUGCCAAGCAGCGCAGUAGGCUCAAAUAGUCUGUGAUUGGCAUUCUCCGUACAAGUAGCUCCGGCUCUCCUUAUGGAGAUACAGCUUUGAGAUUUGCAUGCC